UAGUCCUGACCAUUCUCUGAUUUAGAGAGAGAAGAGAGGAGAGAGAGAGAGAGGGAGACAAAGCCAAAGGCAAAGGCCUAUUUCUUUCACAAAAACCGGAGGGUUUUAGCCUGUUUCUUUCCCUCGAAUUCAUCGAAUAUUAUAUUUUCUAUAUAGUGCUUUGAAAGGAAGAACAAAAUACUCACACAGCUUAAAGGGUUGAUACAUAUAUAUAUAUAUAUAUUCCAUCUCAGAAGGAAAGUAAAGCUUUUCUCAGCUGAUUAUUCAGAGAGACCAAGAUGGGAAUUCAUCUGAGAAUGGCUUCUUUCUUUGUUCAUGCAUGUUUUCUUCUACUACUACUACUGGUCAACUCAUUAUCUCAAGAACAAUAUGUGCUCGAAAGUGUUGGGAGUACUACUUAUACAAGCAACAAUGAGAACACCCAAAAGCUGAGUGAAAAACUGUUGUUUGAGAUAACAACUCAUGGAUUUCUGCUCUGGGCAUCAAUGGGAUUCUUGAUGCCUAUUGGGAUCCUCACCAUGAGGAUGUUACACAGAGAAGAAUGUGGAAGAAGGCUCAGAAUUCUUUUCCAGAUUCAUGCUGUUUCACAGAUUGUUGCUGUUCUUCUAGCAACAGCGGGAGCAGUAAUGUCAUUCAAAAACUUCAACAACACUUUCAACAACAAUCACCAAAGAAUUGGGGUAGCCCUCUAUGGGAUAAUCUGGCUACAAGCUCUUCUUGGGUUCUUAAGGCCAAAUAGGGGGUCCAAUGGAAGGAGCAUUUGGUUUUUUGUACAUUGGAUGCUUGGAACUGCUGUGUCCUUAAUGGGAGUGUUUAGCAUAUAUUCGGGUUUACAAGCUUAUCAUGAUAAGACAUCAAGAAGUAUAAGGAUUUGGAUCUCACUUUUCACAGCCGAAAUGUGUUUCAUUUGCUUCUUUUACCUGUUCCAAGACAAGUGGAUUUACAUACAAAAGCAAGGAGUUAACUUGGGCAAUGAAUUAGCAAGAGAAAAGCCGAAAGAAUUGUCUGCAGAGCUUUGCUGAGAAAGCUGCUUAAUUAGUUACUCAUAUUACUAACAAAAAAACUCUUCCUCCUUUCUUCUCUUGAAUGUUUUGCUUAUUUUUUUAUGCUUUUGUUAACUCUUGAAAGAGACAUCACUGUUUGAAGUUUGUACAUCGGAUUGUGUAUGAAAAUUUUGGGCCCCUUAUAAGUGGCAGAAUGUA